UAUCUGUCAAUCACUCGAGUUUUCUGCAGUUCACUCAAUGCUUCUCCCAUAAAUUCACCAAAAUUCCUAUAAAGGGGCUCUCGGUCGUUAUCACAUUCCUAUUCCUUCGUCAAAUUACUCAUUAUUUCUAUUCCUCCAAGAAUGAAUCGAAGAAAAGUAUUGGAAGUCAGUCGUAAACAGAAAGUUUUGGAGAAACGAGCGAGUGUAGCUGCUUUUCAUCCAAAUUCCAAGACAACUGCUUACCCAAAAAGUUCAGAGCCUUCAGGGCCUCUGCCCAUCGAAAAAGCCAUUCAACAUGAUCACCCUGAAGUGUCGCCGGAAUUUUCAGAGACCCAUCGACAACCCUCAGGUCCAAAAACCAAAUUCACAUCAAUCGAUAGAUCAUCUGAAUUUUCUCCACGACUGAAAAAUUUUCCGGCAGAAGAACUCAGGAGGUUCGAUGCAUCUCCCAGAGUCGAGACGACAUUGCCUCCUUUCCAAAUGACUGGUGAUGGUGACAUUUUGCACACUCCAGUGGUACCUCAACAAAUUCCUCAACCGAUGCCGAAGCAGUCUAGCCACCCGGAAGUCUUCAACGUUGUACCCCUCGAAAGAUCACCGGAACGACAGCCUCAUCGUCCUUAUGUGCCAAAAUCACUGGACCACGAAGAACGACUGAUCAGUGGACAUCAGUCAGAAGGAAAUUUCUUGAAGAAAAGAGAGACUGAAGAAAUGGAGAGACAACCGGUCGGUGGAAAAAAUACUGUUAUGUCCAGUCAACAUAUAUCUCAAGCUGAUCACCAUCACAGCCCAGAAAAUCACGUGCAAUUCGCUGGUGUCCAAGAAAUUCCGCAAGAAAUAUAUUACCAACAGUUUCCCGGACUAGGUAUGACGUCGCCCCAAGAUGUAUUGAUAAAUCGAAGCAGAAUGUCCCAGCAACAGGUUUACCAUCAAAAUUUCAACAAGCUCCACCAGCAUCAUCAAGUUGUACGACAAGCAGAUCAUAAUAAAAAUUAUUCUCCUGUGACACAUCCUCAUCAACAAUCUGCACAGCAAUUCCGACAGCGAGAAUUUCCCCGUCAACGCGGUCCAGAGAAUGAAAAAUCUUUUAAAGCACUUGAAUUCACACCAGAGAUGAUUCAAGAUCAAGAGAAAUUAGUGGGAAUUUUGAGGCAACAGGGUUUCCCUGAUGAGAUUAUCAAACGCCAAUUCGAUGGACUUUUGGCUGAACAACAGAGGCAAUUGCUGUUCCUUCAUCAACUGGAUAACCCUGACAGCUCGUCACAACAUUCUAAAAAUACGGAACAGCCUAGAAGAAAAAGGAUUACUAAACUUGAUAAGGAUGAGAAACCAGAGUGGAUGAUGCAUAUCACUCCUCCCUGGGUGUCUCACGCAACUCUCGAGGAAAUGGACAAGUCCGACGGACAGAUGAGACAACAGGACCAGGAAGACCUUCGCUAUAAAAAAAAUCAUGAAAACCAGACGCAGCAACAGAAUCUGACGCAAAUAAUAAAUCCAGUCUUUUAUGAACAACAGCAACAACAAACAGAGUAUAAUUAUCAUCCGCAUCACACUCAGCAAAUUUCCAAUUUUCCUCAGUACCAUCCGCACCAUCAACCGCUUCAUCCGAAUAAUCCAGAUGCUGUUCCUCAGCAGUUGCCAACAUUGGAAUCACAGAAUCAUCAAGAGGUAAUUAAUUACGAUCGAAAAUCAAGAGUAGAACCUUCAAGUUUGAUGAAACUGAAGACAUACAAAGACGUUAUCAAGCGACAGAAGCAGAACAAUGGACUCCAGGACGCAGCAACCAUCAAAGAAGCUAUGGAAGCCCUGAAGAACCCAGUGAAUAGAAAAGGCUUAGAGUAUUUAGAUAAUUUAGAGAAAAGGGAGAAGCAGAUAAAAUUGAAUGGCACCCAAGAGCCUGAGGAGGGUCUUUUUCAGAAUUGGCCACAUAGACCACCAGAUUAUUUUCUCCAACAAUCUCAGAGGGAAGCAAGAGCUAAUGGCCUUGAGAACAGGAGGAACCCUGAUAAUCCUCCUCCACCGAUAAUAAUUCAGCAGAGGAGCAUGAAUGAAUCGAUGCCAGUGUAUCCAAGAAGAAUUGAGGGUGAUGAGUUUUAUGGGAUGCAGUCAACUCUUGCAGAUGGGAUUCCCCAGAAUUGUGCCUCCGCCCUUAGAAAUAUAGGCGACCCCGCUCAAGGGUACAAAAAUCAUUUCCAGGCUCAUGUUAAUAAUCAAGUUCAAGGGGGUACUUCUGGGAGUAAUCAGGGUAUGGGUGCUGGCAAAUCAUUUCAGCCAUUUGAUAUGCACCAAAGGCAAGAAUAUUUUCAAGAGAUGCCGAAAAGUUGUUUAAAAGAAGGACAGUGUUGUGUUAGGGAGUAUUUUGAAGAACCAAGGAUUAUUGGAGGAGUGAAGUACAUAGGGAGAAAACCCGAAUUUAUUCCAAAUUCAUAUUAUUCAGGACCACAUAAUUGAGAGCGAGCUGGGGAGAAGCAUUUUAAUUCGUCGUCAUGAUUCUUUUGAAAUGUUUUUCGUUAGUAUUUUUAUAAUCAGUGUACUUUUUGUAGAAAAUUUUGAAAAUAUAGA